AUGUCAAGGCCUGAAGACAUAGGUGUCGUGAGACGCACCUUUACACAACUAUUCCGAGAUGCAUAUCUAGAGAAGAGUCACAAUAGAAUAAUUCCUUUCGCUGAGAACAAUACGGCCCAAUCCGAUCUCUAUCUGAUAAUAGAUCUCACGGAUAGUAAUAAUACUUCGCCACAAGAUAUUAGCAAGAAGCUAAUCCUCACUUUACUCCAAUGUGCGGCAAGGCUCUACGAAGGCGACGUGGACGCCAAGGAAGAGGCGAAAAAUCUCAUUAAAUGCAAGGAAUUUCGGACAAUCCUGAGUGUCGGGAUUCAAGAUAAACUUUCACAGGAUUUGUAUGAACAAAGCAUAGCGAGUAUUAGAGACGAAGGACCAACCGCGGAAAAUUCUAUUAAUGCCAGCUUGCUUUCUGCAAAACGAAAUAAUGCAGCCCGUCAAGUGGGCAGCAAAACAACUAUUAUCGAGAAUAUUGCUUCUUUGUGCUACAGCAAGCUUAAUACACUACAAAAUAGCUGUGAAAGCGCCAGGAUCGAUGAGUCAUUCAUGUUCGGUAACUUUACGACGCUUGUGGGAGCCUUGAGCUUUGUUGAGAUGUAUUGGCUUGUUAUUAUCCUUCCUUCUCUCUUCCAAUGGCCAGACGAAACCAGUGGCGAUGCUAAAGCAUCAGACCACAAACUGGUUGCGCGAUAUGGGAUCUCAUUACCUAAUUCCGUUAUUGCAUGUCCCUUGGGAGAGGCAGACCCUGCGGGUUGCGGCGAUGAUAGAAUUUCGAAUCAUGGAUCUGUCUCAUCCCUAAGCCUCAGCCCGAACUUUGACUUGAGCUUCCUUGACGACGACGACGAAGAUGAUGCUGCCGAGAUCUUCCGAUUAAGUCCAGAGCCCUGGAAUAAUUCAUCGACUAAUAAGCUACCUCUCUUCCAUGGUACUGGAUUGGUGAGCAAGGAGUUCCACGGCGACUCAGACCUUGCCUUGGCCUCUCCUUUGGUGAACUCUUCCAAGGUUACCUUCCGAUACGAAGAGUCCGAACAGCAGUCUGCGAUAUACCCUUCCAUUGACGCACAGAUUGACGGAGAGCUGUUGCGAUUAUUUGGGAAUAUAAAGCUCCAAGUGGGAGGCACAUAUAGCAUUCACCAGAGAUUAUCACACCUCCUUGAGGACCCAGUGCUCAUACAGGGUUGGUUGAAAACACUCCAGGAAAGCACGAUAGAACGGUGCAACUUUGCGACGACCCCAACUUUGAUAUCUGUGUUCAAGAAUGUUAUUGUUGCAGGGGACAGAAAUGGUGGCCACAAAGAGGACCAGAUUCUCUCGACGAUCCUAGAGGAGUCUGAAGAGCGAGCAGAGCCGGAAGGGAGAAGCAAGGAAAGGGAAAAUGAAGCCAAUCAGGUGGGGCUCAAGACAGUAGACCUAUCGUUCAUUGAGCUGCCUUGCGUUCUUGAGAAGCAAAAACUCCGGGAAGUAAGAUACCGCUUAAAUACAAUCCAAGUGCUAGGCUGGGAUGAGUUUUGGAAACGAGCCAAAGAAGGCAACUCGAUACUAGCCGAUGUUUUCGCCACCAUUCUCUGGAUAGCCGAGGCGGUAGAGGCGGUUUGUAAAUCACCUAACCUGACUUCAUUCCAAUUGAUCUCUAUUCAACUAGACCCAAUAUCCGUCGAGCUUGCCCUAUGGUUCUCGAGAGGAGAUCGUUCCGCUGAGGCCAUUCUUCGGAUACGAGAUCAGCUUCUUAGUGUCUUACGAAGAGUCGGAGUUACUGAAACAGAAUUCUUAUCUGUAGUUAAUAAUUUCGCUACCGGCUUCGGUAAUGUUAAAAACAAAGAAACUCUUUGUCGGAUGGUCCACUGGCUUGGCGAAAAGGGAGAAUACCGAACUUUGCUGGCUGGAUUUGUGCCAGCAGGAAUUUCAGGAAAGGACAAGAGGGGUAAUUCCAAAUUUGCAUAG